AUGAUCACUGUUUGGAUGACACUUUUACUUGUUACUAUCGGACCAAGUUAUCAAUAUAAUUAUUCGUGUGAUUCAGGUGCAACUUGUGGAUGUUCCUCUAGUUCACAAUUAGUUACUCGUAUUCUUGGUGGAGAAACAGCAGGAGCAAACAAUUGGGGUUGGGUUGUGUCCGUAAAAGUUGAGACUAGUGGCGAUCGUGUUAAACUAUGUGGUGGAUCUAUUUUAUCAAGCACAUGGAUCAUUACAGCAGCACAUUGUGUAAGUGGAGUUACAGCAUCGAAAGUAACUAUUUAUGCUGGCUCAAAUGCUAAAUAUGAUGGUCAAUCUCGAGUAGCAUCUACUAUUACUGUACAUCCAAGCUAUAAUAGUAAUACUAAAGCUGAUGAUAUUGCUCUAAUACAACUUAGCACUCCUUUAACAAUGUCUACGGCAGUAAAGCCUAUUUGUAUACCAUCUGUAUCUUCGGCUACAUUAGCUGCUGGUGAAUGGCCACCAGCUAAUCUAUAUGUUGUUGCAGUUGGAUGGGGCCAGUUACAGGCAAAUGGUCGACUACCAAGAUAUCUUCGAGAAGUAACUCUCCAAACAAUUGCCUAUGCUGCUUCGACUUGUUCUAAUGUAUUGAAAGAUCCACAAAAACAACUUUGUGCUGGUGUUCCAGGUGGCGGAAAAGGUACCUGCAAAGGAGAUUCAGGAGGUCCUCUAAUGAUGUUUACAACGAGCAAUCAAUGGGAAUUAAUUGGUUUGCCUAGUUAUGGCCGUCAUCCAUGUGCAGGAGCAAAGGCUAUGGGAGUUUAUACUCGUGUAGCUUAUUAUCAAAGUUGGAUAAAUCAAACGACAAGUAAUGCGUACGUAAACCCGCAAUCAUCAGCCUCAGCAAAAGUUGAUCCUUCAAACUCUACAUGGGGUAAUACAACUUCACUUAGUGAUGAUACAUUUACUUCAUCUUCAUCUUCAACAUUCGUAUUUUUUCACUUCUUUUCACUUUGUUUUUUUCUCAUAUAUUCAUAA